AUGUCUCCUCCACCAAGUUACGACACUUCACAAUCAAUAAUAAGUACAUCAAAUACAACGAUUGCGAAUACGAAUACCAAUCUUUCUGAUGGUAACCAAACUUCCACAUCAAUUCCAAUCACCACAAUAGCAUCAGGCGAAGAAGAUGAUGACAUUCCACCACCAGCAUAUCAUCGAAGCGAGACAAAUCAAACAAUCGACGAGCCUCUUCCUGCGUAUCAUGCUUCAGCUCAAAAUUCAAAUCAACCACAACCUCUCAUUGAACUAACAAUGGAUGAUCUAGAACAACAAACUGCACCUGUAACUCCUACACGUACUAAUUGGUCCUGGGGAAGAUGGAUACUUUUUGUGGCUGUUAUCAUUAUAAUACUGCUUCUUACUUUUCUUAAAUCUAGAUGA